CCUCCUUUCUUCUUUUCAGGAGGUGCUGCUGAAGAGAGCAGCCGACCUGGUGGAGGCGCUCUACGGGAUGCCUCACAACAACCAGGAGAUCAUCCUGAAGCGAGCGGCCGACAUCGCCGAGGCGCUCUACAGCGUUCCCCGCAACCACAACCAGAUCCCGUCGCUAGGCAACACCGCCUCGCACGGCAUGAUGGGAGUUAACUCCUUCAGCGGACAGCUGGCUGUCAACGUCUCCGACACAACGCAAGUUGGUUACAGCCGUAACACCAGCAGCGUGUCCCCGCGGGGAUACGUGCCGAGCUCCACCCCCCAACAAAGUAACUAUGGCAACACCGUAAGCAACAGCAUGAACGGCUACGGCAACACCGGCAUGACGAACUUAGGAGUGGCGACUUCCCCCGGCUUCCUGAACGGGUCGUCGGCCAACUCCCCCUACGGCAUCGUCCCCUCCAGUCCGACCAUGGCCGUCUCUAACUGUAACCCCUCCCACUGAGUUUUCUC